GACCAUAACCCCGAUUUGCGUAUGGAAGAGAAAAAUGUUACAAAUCAUAGGGCAAACUUCAUGCCAUGAUGAUUAUGAACGAGACUGCCCAUCUUAUAUAACAUAGACACGAGCGGUGAAUUUACUUGUUGCAAUUGCGAUAGCUGUCCAUCUAGACUAACCAGAAUUAAAUUGUCUUAUCUUUGAAUACUCUGCGCGGUCAGCUUUGAAUUAUACUGAUUUACAGAAUGGCGCCCUCUACUAUGAAACAGUGGACCAUUGUCGACAAAGAGCAUGACUUCGAUGGUCUCAAGUACGAAGAUGCAGAUGUUCCCAAGGUUGGCGAGAAUGAGGUGCUCGUCAAAUUGCACGCUGCAUCUCUAAACUACCGAGAUCUCAUCAUUCCCAAGGGCAUGUAUCCCUUCCCUACCAAAUUCCCCGUGGUCGGCGCCUCCGACGGAGCCGGUGAAGUCGUUGAAGUUGGAUCCAAGGUCCAGCAAUGGAAGAAGGGCGACAAUGUCGUAACAUUGUUCAACCAAGGCCACCAGUUUGGCCCCGUCACUUCUGCAGCAGCUGUUACUGGCCUUGGUGGAGUUAUCGAUGGAACCCUGCGCCAGUACGGAGUCUUCAAUGAGAACGGCCUUGUUCGUUCGCCAAAGAACUUGAACCACAUCGAGUCCAGCACAUUGACUUGCGCUGGUCUGACAAGUUGGAAUGCACUAUACGGCCUGAAGCCCCUGAAGCCCGGUGACACAGUUCUUGUACAGGGAACUGGUGGUGUCAGUAUCUUCGCCCUGCAGUUUGCCAAAGCCGCAGGUGCACGAGUGAUUGCAACUACAUCAUCGGCAGAGAAGGGCGAGACCCUGAAGAAGCUUGGUGCUGACCACGUCAUCAACUACAAGGAGGAUACGAACUGGGGCAAGACUGCUCGCGGCCUCACACAUAACGAGCAGGGUGUUGACCACAUCAUCGAGGUCGGCGGUGCUGCUACUCUGGAGCAGAGCUUGGCAGCAAUCCGAUUUGAAGGUGUCAUUAGCAUUAUCGGAUUCCUCGGUGGAGCAAAGCCCAAGUCGACCAUCCUCGAGGUCUUGAACAACAUUUGCACUACCCGCGGAGUGUACGUCGGCUCAAAGGCUUUGAUGGAAGACAUGGUUGCCGCGAUUGAGGCGAAUGACAUUCGUCCUGUCGUCGACAAGACAGUUUUUACUCUUGAUAAGGCCCGGGAUGCCUAUCAAUAUAUGUGGGACCAGAAGCACUUUGGCAAGGUCGCUAUCAAGAUUGAAUAGAUGCUAAGCUAUACCAAUCUGUUGUGUAGAACCGGAUAGACCCACCAACAAAUGAAUGAAGUUAAAUUAUAAUCACA